ACCCCAGGAAACAGCCAAUAGGAAGAGAGAGGAGGCGGGAUAUUGUGGCGUUGUGCUGCCGUUCAUGUUUAGCGUGAAGCGAUACAUGUUUGGUUGAGCUUUGUAUGAGGGGCCAUCAUCCCGGCGGCUCGGAGGUGGAAAAUACAGUUUAAAGUCUCUCUGGAUGUGUUUAAGAUGAACAAGCAGGCUUUUCUGACAGGUACCUAAGUGACCAUUAGGCGCCCUUUCACAUCCUCGUGGGGUUUCUUUGGAUGUACUUGGCGCUCACUUUCCAUCUGAUGUUUCCCAGGACUCCUCAAGACCAAUGUCUUAGUUCUGACUAGACAUUAAUAAAAAAAAAAACAUAAGCAUAUAUUUGUUUAUAAAUAAAUAAAAUCUUCAGUAGGAACUGAGACAACAACUCCACAUCUCCUUCCCCUCUCCCCUUUCUCUUUACAUCAGAUUAAAAGGGAAUCAAAAUACACAUAAAACCCACAAACGUAUACAUUCACAUACAAGCCACCAUGUCCUCCAUCCUUCCCUUCACUCCCCCGGUAGUGAAGCGCCUCCUGGGAUGGAAGAAGACUCCAGCAGGGAGUGGAGGAGCAGGAGGAGGCAUUGGAGGAGUAGGAGAGCAGAACGGAGGAGGGCAGGAGGAGAAAUGGUGUGAAAAGGCCGUGAAGAGCUUGGUGAAGAAGCUGAAGAAGACUGGGCAGCUGGAUGAGCUCGAGAAAGCCAUCAGCACGCAGAAUAGCAACACAAAGUGUGUCACCAUACCCAGUAAUUGCUCAGAUCUAUGGGGUCUAGGCUCAGGCCACACGAUAGAGCAGUGGGACUCUUCAGGCAUGUACGGAUACCCUGGCCACAGCAGGUCACUGGACGGGCGUCUUCAGGUGUCCCAUCGUAAGGGCCUGCCCCACGUCAUCUACUGCCGCCUGUGGAGAUGGCCCGACCUUCACAGUCAUCAUGAGCUGAGGGCUAUCGACUCCUGCCAGUUCGCCUUCAACCUCAAAAAGGAUGAAGUGUGUGUCAACCCCUACCAUUACCAGAGAGUGGAGACGCCUGUGCUGCCUCCGGUGUUGGUGCCACGCCACACAGAGAUCCUGACGGAGCUUCCACCUCUAGACGACUUUACAAACUCCAUCCCCGAAAAUACCAACUUCCCUGCCGGCAUAGACCCUCCUAACAACUAUAUACCAGAGACUCCUCCACCCGGCUACAUCAGUGAAGAUGGAGAGAACAGCGACCAACAGAUGAAUCAAAGUAUUGAAUCAGGUUCACCAGCAGAACUGUCACCCGACGCCCUGUCACCUGUCAAUCAUGGCCUGGACCUUCAGCCAGUUACCUACAGUGAACCAGCUUUCUGGUGCUCGAUAGCCUACUAUGAGCUAAACCAGCGGGUCGGAGAGACGUUCCACGCCUCGCAGCCGUCUCUGACAGUAGAUGGCUUCACCGACCCCUCCAACUCUGAACGCUUCUGUCUAGGGCUUCUCAGCAAUGUCAACAGGAACGCAACUGUUGAAAUGACAAGGAGACAUAUAGGUCGUGGUGUAAGGUUGUAUUACAUCGGAGGGGAGGUGUUCGCAGAGUGCCUCAGCGACAGUGCCAUUUUUGUCCAGAGUCCCAACUGCAACCAGCGAUACGGCUGGCACCCUGCCACAGUCUGCAAGAUACCACCAGGCUGUAAUCUGAAGAUUUUUAACAACCAGGAGUUUGCUGCACUGCUGGCUCAGUCAGUCAAUCAGGGGUUUGAGGCAGUCUACCAACUAACCAGGAUGUGCACCAUCAGAAUGAGCUUCGUCAAGGGCUGGGGAGCAGAGUACAGACGUCAGACAGUGACCAGCACUCCCUGUUGGAUUGAGCUGCAUCUCAACGGCCCCCUCCAGUGGUUGGAUAAGGUGCUGACCCAGAUGGGUUCACCAUCAGUGCGCUGCUCCAGUAUGUCCUAAACGGGGUUCUGCUGCUGCCUGCGCAAAGUCAAUCAGACAUUUCACAACAUUUGACCAGGAAGACCACCAUGCAGUCUUAAACUGAUUCUCCAACAUUACCAUUUAGAAAAAAAGGAUUACACAAUGGACCUGGAGGAUGGGAGAAUGACGUCGCCAAUGGACAAUAGUGGAAUCUUGACAAUGAUGUCCCAGUGGGCCUGAUCCCCUUUGGCUCUGUUGGAUUAACGUAAGGAUGACAUUCCAGUAAUAAUGGACCUAAUAAUUGAAAUCACCCUGCAAUAUCAAAAAGACGAGAGUGAUGUCAAAAUGGACCAGACUGCAUUCAUGUUUUUGGUAUUUGACUGAGGCUCUGAUCCAGAAAGACAAAGCAGGACAGAGUUUUACCGUCCCUGGGUUCGAGCGUGUGACCUUCUUGCUCCAGGGAAGUCUCUCCAACCACUAGUCCAUCUUACUGCUUCACUACCUACCUAUCAAGAUCUCUGUUUACACAAGGUUGACCAACAGUAGUACUGCCACUCCAGGCUCAUGUUCAACCAAAGUCAGCUCCAACACCUGGACAUUACAUUUUGUUUCACGGUUUUUGGUGACCAAACUUCUAUUCAAAUUUUUAAUCUGAGAUUUUGACAUUUUUGCUUUUCUCCUAAUCAGUCCAGUGUUGUCGUGAUCACAGACCUGAGUGCGCCGGACUGACGGUCUUCAGCUCUGAAGGUGGUGACACCUGAGAGAGCAUGUGGAUGUCUAUAAUAGAAUUACAUACCCUGUCUUCACAUGUUGCACACACAUUACACACUGUAACGCAUACGUGUGUGUGUGUGUGUGUGUGUGUGUGUGUGUGUGUGUGUGUGUGUGUGUGUGUGUGGUCCCAUUCAAACGUGAGUGCAGUGGGGUAGAUGUUUGGAGCAGAGCUGAAACGGCUGCUAGUCAGCAGAGAUAACUGGAAUGAGUAAAUUGAGACAUUCUCAGCGUGUAGUGCAUGUCCCUCCUCUGGUACUAAACACAAUUUUUUAACUUGUUUUCACACCGUAACAAAGGCUUACAAAGUUUGCCCCUUAUGGUAUUUGAGGCCCAACAAUUUGCACUGACUCUCUGUUUCCCCCCCCCCCCCCCCUGCACGCUCUCACUCUCUUACAUUAACUUUUUACAAUUAUAGCAUCUUUUGCUUAUGAAGGUUUGUAUUUUGGACUUUGAGAUGUGGAUUAGGACUCCGUAUAAAUGCAAUUCAAGAAUCUAAGCCUCAGUGUCGCCUCCUGCUGUCUAAACGGGAAAGAAAAUCUAAACACCCAUCACUUAUGUUCCACUGCUGUAGACAUUGCGCAAGUCUCUCUUGAUUAUAUGCUCGGACUGAUGCACGGCUUCCCCAUUAUUGAAGUUUUAUUGAAAGGAAAACAAGUCCUGCAGUGUAGGACUUUAAAAAUGGCUUCUAUACUGUACUUGCACUGCCCCAAAUUAUGCACACUUGAUAUUGCUACAAGAAAGUUGCCUUUUGAUGUCAAAUACAGCAAGAUAUGCUUUGAAAUGUACAGAUAGGAAUGUUGAAAAGCCCAAUUGACAAUUACUAAAGAUAUCUUCCAUAUUUUUAAGAAUGUUCACUAUAAAGAGUUUUUUCCCGUAUAUUGUCAUAAUUAGCUUAUUAAAGAGAAUUUGAUUUUAAUAAAAUGUCUUUCCCCGAUCUAAAAGCCAGCUGGUACCUGCAUCGAUAUUUUAGGGUCAAAAUCUUAAGUAUUUAAGCUUUACGUAUUUGACAAGCUAGUUAUACUGCACAGCUAUUAUUUUCUUGACACAUUCUUUAAAUACAUUGUAUUUUCAUGUAUUUUUUAUAUAUGAAUAUAUUUAAAAUCUUCAAAGCUUUCUUCCCUUUUAUUAGAAUUCAAUAUUUUUUUAGAAUAUGCCCUCAGUUUGAAAUGAUCACAGCUUGAUGAUGAUUUAUGAAGUAUGUAGCAUAGGAUAUAAAAUUUCACUGAAUUUCCCACAGUUCAAAUGUUGUGACUGAGAGGCCAAGUCAUCAUAAUUACAUCCUCCUUUUCUUCAAAACCUGAGUUGGCUGCUAAAAUGGUAAAAGUGAUUUGUGAAUUUUGGAAUCUAUCGGCUGUUAUAACUGGUGAAUAAGUUAAUUUCUGGACUUUACUCUUACACAUUUUUCAGCUCUAUGGGUGUGACUCAAAUUAUGAUAGUGCUGUCCCAAAGACUGAAUGCAUGUAUUUAAAGUGUGUCCUGUACAAACAAAUCAAUACCUUGUUUAAAAACAUACAAACUAAAUUAAAUCUUGACUUUUUGGACAUAUUAGGACUUAAAUCCAGCAGCUGGGCAAUGCAGUAUUACUUUCCAUUAUCAAAGCUCUGACUGUGGAAAGGGAAUUUGUUGAACUGUGUCUUGCUUUAGCAACAUGGGACAUUACAGUACACAGUGUGAAAGCUGCUGCAAAUGACUCCUUAUGUAUGGGUGUACAGUGUUAAGUUACUGUGAGCGGGUUUACAUGCACACGUGUUAUUAUGAUAUAUCCCAUUCAAGGCCUCUUUACUCGAAGUGAAUUCCUCACAUGUAUACCAACACAUUAGCAGAAUGUUGGCACGGAAAAUGGGAUGUGUAAAUUGGACUGGGGCGUAUACUUGCCUCACAGUCUUGGUGCAUACUGUCACAUUCCAGAAAGCUUGUUGGACUGAAAGAAACCUGACAGUGGUCUUAACUUGAUGCACAGUAUUGCUGGUGUGCAUGUAAACACAUUCACAUGUUCUAUUUGAUUACUUACUACUGCAACAUGUAAGGGGAAUGUUGACGUAUAAUGGCUGAGAUAAGAAGUCCAGAAAUCCUGGUGUUUAUCAUGCAUAUUGUCAGCAUCCUGCACAGAUUUAAUGAUUCAAGUUUCCGUUAAUACACACUUGAUAGAAGACAUCCACUCCUACAGGGUGACGUAAUUUAGCACUUGGCCCAAACUGAAAGAUCAUCAAUUUUGAAAGAUCCUGCAGGACAACCUGUUUUCUUAUGUUGGUCUGACCCCGGCAAAUUAUGAACUUUGCUUUUUUUUUUUAGGAAAACCAUUUUCUUCAAUUUUUUUUAUAGUUCUCACUUGUAGCCAAACUGAGACCAGCCACAUGCAGUGAUAUUUCUUUCUGUAUGUAUAUCUAUCUGUCCUAUCCUGUCUUUUGCUGGUCUGUCUUUUAAUUUUUUCAUUUAUUAUGAAAAUAGUUGACUGGAAGUUGGUACACAUGAAAUAAAAAUACGGUGUUACCUUUUUAGUUGUAUCAUUGCUCACCCACAUGUUUGUUCUAUGCAGUGACAUCAAAUACUUUGGACUGUGUACUCCAACACAUUCCUCCGUAAUGUGUAUUUUCUGAUUGCUAGACAUGCCGUUUUAUGCAUAUUGCCAGGGUCCAGCAAAAGCCUUUAUCAACUUUUUAUUUUAUUUAAAGAGUGCCACCCAACAGUGCACCCUUGAUCACUUCCUGAGAUUUCUGUUUUGGAGAUGGAAGAUGAGACCAAAUGAGGUUUCAUGCAAACUACAUCCAAACAUUUUGAGGAACCACAUUCCUAUUUACAGAUUACAUAUUGUAUUUGUUUUUCUUAUUGUGAUGACAAUUGUAUAUCCCCAAACAAGCCUCUUUCUGAUGAAUUUCAUAAAGAGAAUGUGGCUUUUUGGAGAAAGUGAAGUUUCUACAUGUCACUGGUGAUGUUAUUGUGUAAUUGUACUUUUAUUUGACCAUACAUGCUGUUCCCUUUUCUUGCUAUCAACGGAGCAUAUUCCAUUAGACAACAUGCAGUUAGGAUUUCUGUCUUCUUUAAACACUGAUGACGAUCUUCAAAGGCUUUCCAACUAAUCUUCAUAUACAGACAACUUCUUACAGUGUACACUAAUAAAGCUGUUUUAAUUCAACUGAAAA